AUGAGUGUGCUACAGAAAGGCGGAUUAAUUGCAAGCGGGGCUAGGUACAUAAGGACAGGAAAAUUUAAGAACCCAAUAUGUUACAAACAGGUGGUAAGUGAAAAGAAGGAGGAACGGGAAAAAGAAGUGGACAAAUUAAGGAGGAACCAAAUAAAAUUCCUAGAGCUCCUCCAUUUGAAUAAUCUAAAAAUGCCGCAACCGAAAAAAUGGACGAAAAAAAAAGUACCAAGUGGGGAUUAUGUAAAUGGGAAGAGAGGAGGUGGGAAAGGUUCCCAUACAAAUGGAGACACAAAUAUAAGCACAACUGAGGGAUCCAUUUCUUCGUGCGCUGUAGAAUGGGGGCAAAGCGAAAAAAAAUGUGACAGAGAAUCAGGCACAUAUCACCGUGAUACCUUCACAAACAGAAUUAAAAAAAAAGCACUCCUUAGACGAGUUAUGGGCAAUGAAGGCAAGUUGAAAAAAGCCCAAAAGGAGGACUCCUCUAAUGAAAGAAAUAAUGUUCUCAUCAAUGGAAAUAAAACCAAUUGUGAAGGUAACGAACCUAGUGGUAUUCUAACGCAAACACAUCUGCACGAUAGCAUUAGCAACCUUCUUGUGGAUAAAAAAACAACGUUGAAGAAAAAAAUUCACCUGAUCAAUUUCUCCGUCACAAACAGUUACGUAAGUAAGAAGUACUACAUACAAGUGAAAAACGACCCCUGUGAAGAUCGAUUUAGCAUAUCAGAACUGAAAUCCAUUGGGCUUUUUGAUGAGCUGGAAAUGAGCAACGGUAGGAGGGAUACACAAGACAUGGCCACCUCUAGCGCACCUUCCCCCCCGUACGCAGGUGACCAAGCAAAGGGAGCGACUGACGCACAUGAUUCACAGAUACCUAGUCAAAGCAAAAAAAAUAAACAAGAAAUUAUGAGGAAGAUUUACAAAGCAUCUAUAAAUCACGUACGGGAUGAAAACCUAUGGAAGAAAUACGUCCAAAAUACAUUCAUCAUAUCGGGAUACCUAGACGCAAGCGAAAUAGUAAUUUUAUUUUGGUGUUUUGGAAAAAUCGGCUACAGAGAUAAUAGGCUAAUAAAUUUGUUAUGCUCUAUACUACUGAAAAAGAUAAAUGACCUCACCCCCUGCGCUUUAGCCUUAUUACUAAACAGUUUUAAAAAAUUAGAAAUAAAAAAAUAUGACACUGUGGAAUUAUUAACCAAUCAGUUUUGUCUGCAUAUCCAAAGAUGGACCUCCCAAGAUAUAGCCCUGGUUGCUAACUCAUUGGCUUUUUUUUACAUAUAUCAUAAAGUUUUUUGGAAAAAAUGUAUAUUGAAAUUGCAAAAUGGAUAUUACUUUUCUCACCCUUUACAUUUAUGCCUUAUCAUAUCGGCAUUGGCUAGGCUAGACAUCAGAGAGGGCAACGUUUUGUUAUCCCUAAGUAAAGGAGCAAAGAAAUAUGCCAAACAAUUUAGCCCCAAUAAUUUAGCCCUUGUUAUUCAUUCCUUUGCAAAGUUGAAAUUUUCGCAUCCCAAAUUUUAUAAUUAUUUGUAUCAAUUUGUUCAUACAUAUUUGGAUAGGCAACUUUUCAUCGGUGGAUCAUCUGACAAGAAUAGGCCCUUAAAAAAUGGAUUCCAAAUGAGGCAUAACAAACGCAGCGAAGGGGAAAUAAGGGAGAACAUGUUGCAGAGUGAGAAAAAUAUUGCAAGUGUAAAUCCAUAUGUACAUGGAAUAAACAAUUUUGAUGAACACCCUGUUGGAGAGUACCCCCAUGUGGACGCUACAAAGAACUGUGACUCUGUUUCUACUAUGUGGAAUUCCCAAGACGGGGAGGCAGUGGUGCCCCUUGGUUCUGUCCCACCAGGGGAGGGGAAUGAAGAAGACAGGUACUACGACAGCAGGAGUAGUAGCAGCGGUGGAGGCAACACCCCGCUUAGGCGGAAAGAGAAGGCUCACUUCGACCUGCAGUCCCUUGUACUUUUACUGUUCUCCUGCACAUGCCUAAUUACCUGCACGGAAAAUAUGAUAUUGAAGCUCACCUACCUGAUCCUACCUCUAAAGGAUCACCUGGGUAGUCACAAAGUGGAAAAGCUGAAAUAUGUAAGUGAAUAUAUACAGUUUACGUACCCACAGAUAUUUGCUAAUUUUCCCAAAGAAAUAAAAAUGUUUUAUAACUACAUUGAUACAUAUGAAAUUAAGAAGAAGAAAAAAAAUAUGAAAUAUGGAGCAAGGUGGAUUAACGAAUUGUCAAAAAUUCUAGCAAGAAUAAAUGUAAAUCAUUUAAAAAAUAUCUACAUCAAUCAUAUAUGUGCAGAUAUAAUGUUACCUGAUUCUCAAGUUAUCAUUAUGUGUUUAGGACCAUAUAGCUAUUACGUUAAUUCGUUGGUAACCACUUCUACAUCGGAUUUGAAAAGAUUCAUUCUUGAGAAAAAAAAAUAUAAGGUCAUCCCCCUCAGUUACCACGAAUGGAACAAGCUCAAUGACUACGAAGAAAAGAUUCGCUUUCUCUACGCCUUCGGGAGAGAUGCGGCAAACUAUUUGUUCGUGAACGCGAAGAAGGGAGUGGCAGAAGGGGAGAAAUCAGACGAAGCGCACUUGGGCACACACACGUUAGGGAGUGCAGACUGCGGAAGGAGCUGCGAGAGCGGUGGAGAAAAUGCAGGGGAAGGAGAAAAAUGGGGCCUGUGCAAUGAACCUAUGCAUGGCCCACUUUAUGAUACAGAGCGACAGAGCAAAAAUUACGCCAGCGAGACAAAUGAACCAAAUUACACUUCAGAUGAGGACGACGAAGUUAUCGAUUUCAUAAAAAAGGGAAUCAGCGUCGAUGAUGGGAAUGAAGAAGAUUCAGACAGGGAUAAGAUAGAAAUAGAGGAAAUAAAGAAAUUCUUGGAGGUUGAGAAAUUGUGA